CCAGGCGAGAUUUGGACAUACUUCUGCAAUGGGACGGUAAUAAUUUGGGAGGAAUAAUAUUGCGCGGGCGGACUUUCUAUCAUUUAUUCCAAUAUCGUGCCGCAAUCUCUAAUUAUAACAAAGUCAUAACUAUCGAUCCUAAAAAUGAAUGGGCCUUUAAUCUUCGGGCAUUGGCAAGAAUAAGUAUUGGGGAUUUGGACCAGGCAAUUAAAGACUCGGAUUAUGCACUAAAACUCAAUCCAGGAAAAGGAUAUUCGUAUCAUUUCCGAAAUCACAUUUAUCAAAUGACAGAAAUUUACUGUGAUACAUAUCAAUAUUUGAAAGCAAUUAGUUUAUUGAGUGCCAUCAUUGAUUUAUACAAAAAGGAAAUAGAAAGUGGAGAUAUGUAUUAUGUUCAAGCACUCAUUAGGCGUGGGUGGAUCUAUAGUAUAUUAGAAAACAAGGAAAGGAGUGCAUUCGAGGACUUUCGAAUAGUGUUAGAGAUUGAUCCGAAAAAUUAUGAAGUACUAACCGACCGUGGAAAUCUAUGUACUCGUCUUUGUAACUUUAAAUCAGCAACGAAGGAUAUCAAUGCAGCAAUUAAAAUUAAACCAAAAGGAUAUAUGUACCGGAAUCGUGCCUAUUUAUACUAUAAAAUAGGUCAUCACGAUUUGGCUCUUCGAGAUUUAGAUACAUCAGAAGGUUUGGAAUCCGAGAAGUGUAUGACUAUUUAUCGACGAGUGAAAAGAAGAAUGACCUGCCUUUAUAGAGGGAUGAUUUAUCAUAAACUGGGAGAAUAUAAAAAAUCACUGGAGAAUCUUGAUGAAGCAAUAAAAAUCUUGGACGAUGAUGAAAUCAUAAUUUCACUUGUUGAACGAGCUUCUGUGUAUGUUUCAAUCAAUCGACUGGAAGAUGCAUUGAAUGACUUUAAAAAGGCAUUUAUUACUGAACCAAAACACGCUUAUAUGUCGAAGGCCAUAUCUAAAGGGAUUAAACUCUAUGGAAUUAUUUAUAAUCUGCACAGUCAAAGUUCUAAUACAUUUAACUGGAUAUCUCUCCACAAGCAACAUUCGCAAAUACCUUGUUUAACCUUGAAUAAACUUAAAGUAGAGAUUGAUGAUAUUAAUGAAUUGACUGAAUUUGAAAAAUUGCUAUCUCAUACAGUGGACAGUGAAGAUAACCCCGGUAGCUUAAAAAAAACUUAUGAUACAAAUGACGAGGAUUACCUAGAUGAGCUUGAAAAUGAAGACAAAUUUCUUGACAAAUUUGAAAUCGGUGAUGAUAUCUAUGUUGAUUAUAACAACAGCAAAGUAAAGAUAUUGAAUAAAGAUUCAUUUCUUAACUUGCUGGAUUCGGCUCGGUUGGCGAAAGAAAACGCUCAAGGUUGUUUUAACAGACAAUUAUUUGAGCAGGCAAAGGUUCUGGGGGAAAAACUUUCAAAAAACCAUAUUGAAUUUGCGGAAGUUUUUCGAGGCAUGCGUAUUAUAAAGGAAAAAUUUCCUGAAAUAUUGGUAGUUUGCGAGAAACCUUAG